ACUCCCACCCUCCUCCCCCUCCUCCUCCUAUACCUGCGCACCCAGACCUUAACCUGCGCACCCCCUUCUCUCUCUCUCUCUGCGAAAAGAUUCAAACGAACGAACGAAAAUGGGGGCAUCUCUCCCUCCCAAAGAGGCUAACCUCUUCAAACUCAUCGUCAAAUCAUACGAAACUAAACAAUACAAGAAGGGGUUAAAGGCUGCAGAUGCUAUAUUAAAGAAGUUUCCAGAUCAUGGAGAAACUUUGUCAAUGAAGGGAUUAACAUUAAAUUGCAUGGACCGCAAAGCGGAAGCAUAUGAGCUUGUCCGGCGUGGACUAAAGAAUGACCUUAAAAGCCAUGUUUGCUGGCAUGUUUAUGGUCUUCUAUAUCGAUCAGACAGGGAAUACAGGGAGGCUAUCAAAUGCUACCGAAAUGCUUUGAAGAUUGACCCAGACAAUAUUGAAAUUCUGCGGGACCUUUCUCUCUUACAGGCACAAAUGCGGGACUUGGCAGGAUUCGUUGAAACGAGGCAACAACUUCUGACUCUGAAACCAAAUCAUCGAAUGAAUUGGAUUGGGUUUGCUGUUGCUCAUCAUUUGAACUCCAGUGGCUCAAAGGCAAUUGAAAUUCUGGAAGCGUAUGAAGGGACACUGGAAGAUGAUUAUCCUCCGGACAAUGAACGCUGUGAGCAUGGAGAAAUGCUCUUAUACAAGAUUUCUUUAUUAGAAGAAUGCGGAUUUGCUGAGAGAGCACUUGAGGAAUUAUACAAGAAAGAGUCUAAAAUAGUGGAUAAAUUAGCAUAUAAGGAGCAACAGGUUUCUUUACUGGUCAAGCUUGGUCGCCUAGAAGAAGGGGAGAAGAUAUACAGGACUUUGCUAGCUAUGAUCCCUGACAAUUACAGGUAUUAUGAUGGUCUACAGAAAUGUCUAGGGCUCCAUUCAGAAAAUGGCCAGCACUCAUCUGAUGAAGUCAGUCAGUUAGAUGACUUGUACAAAUCGCUUAGGAAGCAAUAUAAUUGGUCAUCUGCUGUGAAGCGAAUACCACUUGAUUUUCUACACGGUGAAAAAUUCCGGGAGGCAGCAGACAGCUACAUUAGGCCUCUCUUAAUAAAGGGAGUUCCUUCAUUGUUCUCUGAUCUUUCCCCUCUUUAUGACCUCCCUGGCAAGGCGGAUAUUCUUGAGAAAAUGAUUCUUGAACUUGAAGAAUCAAUUAGAACCACUGGAGGAUUUCCUGGGAGUGCACCGAAAGAACCUCCUUCAACUCUUAUGUGGACCUUGUUUUUACUGGCCCAGCACUAUGACAGACGUGGUCAACAUGAUCUUGCCCUGACAAAAAUUGAUGAGGCCAUUGAACAUACUCCUACUGUGAUUGAUCUUUACACUGUGAAGGGCAGAAUACUAAAACAUGCAGGUGACUUGAGAGCUGCUGCUGCAUUGGCUGAUGAAGCUAGGUCCAUGGAUCUUGCUGAUCGCUAUAUAAAUAGUGAAUGUGUUAAGCGCAUGCUUCAGGCUGAUCAGGUGGGGUUGGCAGAGAAAACAGCUGUGUUGUUCACAAAGGAUGGGGACCAGCAUAAUAAUCUGCAUGACAUGCAGUGCAUGUGGUAUGAACUUGCAUCUGGUGAAAGUUACUUUCGACAAGGUGAUCUUGGACGGGCUUUAAAAAAAUUCCUGGCUGUUGAGAAACACUAUGCUGAUAUGACAGAGGAUCAAUUUGACUUCCAUUCCUACUGUUUACGGAAAAUGACGCUGCGUGCCUAUGUGGAAAUGCUCAAAUUUCAAGACCGGUUACAUUCACAUCCAUAUUUCCAUAAAGCUGCUGCUGGAGCUAUCAGAUGCUAUAUAAAGUUAUAUGAUUCUCCUUCAAAAUCUGCAACCUCAGAUGAUGGUGAAUUGUCAGGACUGCUUCCUUCUCAGAAAAAGAAACUGAGACAAAAACAGAGAAAGGCUGAAGCUCGUGCGAAGAAAGAGGCUGAAGAGAAGAAUGAAGAGGAAUCGGGUGCUGCUGGUGUAUCCAAAACUGGCAAACGGCAGCAUGCCAAACCGGUUGAUUUAGAUCCUCAUGGGGAGAAGUUGUUGCAGAUUGAAGAUCCACUAGUGGAAGGUACAAAGUACUUGAAGCUGCUUCUGAAUAACUCAUCGAAAUUGCUGGAAACACAUUUACUUUCUUUUGAGUUAAAUAUGAGAAAGCAGAGGACUCUACUCGCCUUUCAGGCUGUAAAGCAGCUGCUUAAACUGGAUCCAGAAUGCCCUGAUUCUCACCGCUGCUUGAUAAGAUUUUUUCAUAGAGUGAACCAUCUGGCAGCUCCAACCACCGAUUCGGAGAAACUCAUUUGGAGUGUCUUGGAAGCAGAGCGGCCUUCCCUGAGUCAAUUGCAUGAAAAGUCUUUGAUUGAAGCAAACAGAAGUUUCCUUGAGAAACAUAAAGAUUCUUUGAUGCAUAGAGCGGCAGCUGCGGAAAUGCUAUUUGUCCUGGAACCUGAGAAGAAGCUUGAGGCAGUCAAUCUAAUUGAAGAAUCAACAAACAACCUAGUGUCAACAAAUGGAGCAUUGGGGCCAGUGAAGGAAUGGAAACUCAAGGAUUGUAUUGCGGUUCAUAAACUACUUGAAACUGUCCUGGCUGAUCUGGAUGCAGCUUCCAGGUGGAAAACACGAUGUGCAGAGUAUUUUCCUUUCUCGACAUACUUCAGUGGCCACCGCAGCUCAGUUUUCCCCCAAACCACUGAUCAGGAAUCACGUGAUGCACCAGAAAAUGGUGUGAACGAUCAAGAAGCUAAUUCAGGCGAUUCUCAUCCCCCAAAUGGAAAGUUAGAAGCAUUUAAGGAUCUCCACAUCUAAUCAUAUCCCCACGAUUUCUUCGUAUAGUUCCUCUUUGCAGGAAAACAAUGAGAUCCAAGAACACAGAAGUUUCCAUAUGUCUAAUUGUGCUGGAUUCAGGCAAAGCGAAAAUCUGCUAAAAAGGAGGCUUGGAAAGGAGCAGCUUCCUGCUGAAGGAUAAGUUUUUUGUCAGCACAAUGCAAGUUCGCCAUUGCUUUGGGAUUCUGAUUUCUCAAAAGGCUGUUUCAUUCUAUGUUUUAUGGAACGGAUUCUGUUCCGAAUGUGUAUAAUUAACUUAAUGUUGUGGAGGUUGUCAAAGAAGAGAUCCCGGUCGCCCUUGUUUUGGUCUUCAAUCCACUGUCAGAUUGAUUUCUUGGAAAGAGUUGACUGGUGUCAUCAGUGGUCGACGAAGCUUUUUAGCAGUAGGCCUUUUUAUUUUGACGGGCUACAUUCGUUGGUCCGUGUACAAUACCAAAAAUGGAAAAUUUUGGCUUGAAAUUCACUUUUGUAUCCUUUUGAUUAUUAUGCAAGUGAUCAUCAAUCUGGCUGUGUUUCCUAAGAUUGAGAAAUUUGAGGGAAAUAAAAAGGUUUUUUUU